CUAUACAUAGUUAUUCCGGUAUUAUUGACUAUAUUCCCCAUGCGGUACUUACAUCCCUGUGACUGUUUUAUAACCAGCAAUUUAUACAAUGUAAUCCCUCCCCUUUUUUCACUCACCCACCAUGGCCCCUCCCACUUGGCAACCAUCACAAGUGCAUGAUUAAAUUCUGAAUAAGUAAAGUUCACAAUGUAUUCCUCCCUCACAAGGAGGUGGGUGGGGCUUACCUCACAAAGCUCUGCUGGGCUCAUACUAAGAUAGCUUGAACCAGUGCCAGGGCCUGCAGGCACAGUGAGAAAUCCAGCCGGCAGAAAUCUGUGGUAAGUAGCUGGCGGGUGAGUACAGAGAACCUCUAGAGAAGCAUAGGAAAUAGGUGAUGGCUGGGUGAGAUAGUUGGAACCCAAAGCAGGCAAGUAGAAUGCCCCUGACCCUGCUCCAUGCCCCUGAUUUCUUAUAUCCCAGUUCAAACAUCAUGUUCUCCAUAAGCCUUUCCCUAUUUCCAUGAAUGGUGUUCCUCUGUCCAAUACACCGGGUCUUAUUGCAUAGCACUGUAGAGGUCUGUUUUAGGUUUUUCUUCCUUUGUAGGUGUAAAGGCAGGGAGAAGGUCUUACCCACCUUGGCAGGUGUUUAGAAAUUAUGCCUGCCUGAAACACCGAAGAACCGAAUGGGUGUGGAAAAUGACCUGACCUGAGAGUAGGUUGGACAGCCACGCAGAGAGAUUUCUCUGUCUGGUCCUUCCUUCAAAUUGUGGGCAGGGUGUUGAAAGGAAGAGGCCCAGGUCUCAGUCUCUGUUUAAAUGCAGGCAGCUGUCUCCGGGGAAAGGCUGCGUUGGUGAGGGCUGUGGAUGAGCAGUGAGCGAGCCUGAAGGUGCAGUGGAUAGGAGGUUUCUGAAGCUGCAGACAUGGGAGCUGAAUGCUGGAGAACCCUUCUGAUGUUGUUGGCUGCUCUGGUCCUGACGGCCAAAUUGGGUCACUUUCAAAGGUGGGGAGGCUUCCAGGAGAAGUCCACAAGCAAGAAAAACAUGAAUUCAACACUCCGAUUCUUCAUUGAAAACUACAACAACGUGAGCAAUGACACCUACUUAUUUCGAGUAGACAAAGUACUUCAAAGUUAUGUGCAGCUGACAACAGGAGUGGAGUAUCUGGCCACCGUAAAGAUUAGCCGGACCAAGUGCAAAAAGAACAGCACAAAAAGUCAUUCAUGCCCCCGACAAAGCGAAAAGAAGAAGAAGAAGAGUUUCAUUUGCGAAUUUUUGAUAUACACUGUGCCCUGGAUCAACUAUUAUGAGCUUUGGAACAACUCCUGUCUGGUGGCCUACUAG